UAUUGUCAUUAUUUACGUUUAUGGAUGACAAUUGUUCGUGUUGUGACAUUUACAUAGUAAAUAUAAUAUAAAAUUUCUUCUUUUUUUUCCUAUCUCUUAAAAAAAAAACCUAUUACUCCUUUUGAAGAUUUUAAGAAUCUCAACUAUUUUCAUCACUUUUAUCAAAACUAAUUUAGUUUAGAAAGCGGACCCUCGCCAUUAAUAUUGCGCAAACUCGACAUGUGUUUAUAAUAUCAGAAAAUCGUCAAAAAAAGAAAACUUGGAAGAUAAUUCCCUUCUUUUUUGUUAAACUGAUCUUUGUUUUGAAGAGGCAACAAACGAAUAAUAAAAAUGAGUGAUGACGAUAGAGAUAUCGAUAUUGAGAGUGACGAAGGUGAUGACUCUGAUUCGAGGCAAAGACAUUCCAAUAAUACACAAUAUUACUCUCAGGCCGAAAAGCGUGCACAUCACAAUGCUUUGGAAAGAAAGCGACGAGAUCAUAUAAAGGAUAGUUUUUCAAGUCUUCGCGAUUCAGUGCCAGCGUUACAAGGUGAAAAAGUUGCAAGUAGAGCACAAAUUUUAAAGAAAGCCGCUGAAUACAUUCAAUUUAUGCGUCGAAAGAAUUCAUCCCAUCAAACGGAUAUUGAUGAUUUGAAGCGACAAAAUAAUCUACUUGAAUCACAAAUACGUACACUGGAAAAGGCUAAAAUAACAGGAAAUUUUGCAGCUGAAACAUGCGAAGUAACAAAAUCAGAUUCAGAAUCUGAAUCAUCGGAUAGUGAAAUUGGUAGAGCAAUUCGACAUCCAAAGAAAUUGAAAGUUGCUGGUGUACAUCAUUGAUUAAAUUAUGGAACAAUUUCACAUUAUUAUUAAACGUUUAUCUUUAUUAAAUAAGGUAAUACAUUCUCUACUCUUACUAUUGUAAGAGAUUAUUAUACAUAAUUAUAAUUAUAAUUAUUAUUAUUAUUAUUAUUAUUAUUAUAUAGAUUACAUUAAUAUAAGAUUAUAAAAAUUUAUCGAGGUAUAAACAUUGUAUUGGUAGAAAAAAAAACUUAUUUAAAAAUAAAUGAAAUAUUAGAGCUGUUGUAA